GGAAAUUGUGGUCGGGACCGUCUGUAGCACCAUAGUCAAAGUCAACCAAAGCCUUCUUCUUCACCAAGCCAAAGGCUCUAUAAAAAUUAUCACUAGCCCCUCCUCUACAUUCAUACCCAUUACUGCAAAACCACCUUUUAACUCCUUUACAAACAGCCCUCUAGCUGUUACUUCAAGACCCGUAUCAAUGGCACUGAGCGACGUGAAGGUUCUGGGUGCGGCGCCCAGCUCGUACGUGAACCGGGUUCAAAUCGCCCUCAACUUGAAACAUGUCGACUACGAGUUUCUUGAGGAGACGUUUGGGUCCAAGAGUGAGUUGCUACUGAAAUCAAACCCGGUUCAUAAGAAAAUCCCGGUCAUGAUUCAUGGGGGGAAACCCAUUUGCGAGUCCCUUAUUAUUGUGCAGUACAUUGAUGAGGUGUGGACCGAUGGCCCGGAUAUUCUCCCUUCUGAGCCGUAUGAUCGGGCCAUGGCCCGAUUCUGGGCUGCUUAUGUUGAUGAUAAGUGGUUGCCGGCACUAAGUGGGAUUCGGAAUGCAAAGGGAGACGAGGCAAAAGCGGCAGCACUAGAGCAAUUUAUGGAAGGGAUGAUGCUGUUGGAGGAUGCUUUUGCCAAAUGUGGCAAAGGGAAGGACUUCUUCGGUGGUGACACAAUCGGGUACCUCGAUAUAGCCCUUGGGAGCUUCUUGGGGUGGCUGAGAGUGUCGGAGAAGAUGGCCGAUAUAAAGCUGCUCGAUGAAACCAAGACCCCUGGGCUGUUUGGAUGGGCCGAGAGGUUUGGUUCGAAUGCUGCUGUGAAGGAUGUCAUCCCGGAAACAGAGAAGCUUGUGGAGGUUGUCAAGAUGAUGGCUGCCAGAGCUAAAGCCCAGUAAUUUCCCCAAUAGGUUGUCACCACGUCAAUAAUUUGGGCCACUUAGAUUGCUCAAGUUGGUCUUUCUUGUUUUUAUUUUUUUGGUUUGUUGUUUGUUCGGAGUUUUGUAAUCCAAUAAACGGUCUUGUUAGUAGCAGUUUUUGGAGUUGCUUUUUAUGGUUUUUUCGUUUUGUUAUUCAGUGCUUUUUUCAUUUUUUGAUGUAACUCAUGCCAAAUAGAAAUGGUUAUUUGUUACAGGGUUGUGAUCGGACCUAA